CUGUAGUUGCAAUUUUAACAUUGUGUAUAAUAUGGAGUCUACAACUCAUUUUUAUUCCGUCCGUAAAUUCUGUCAACGAACUAUUCAUAAAUCCAAAAACUAAGAUCCCAAAAAGACUACCGAACUGUUAUCGCAUCUGUCACAUCACAUUUUGACAUUGACAUUAAACCAAUGUUUUGUGCGCGAGCUGCGGCCCGCGAGCGCGAUUUCUGUUCGCAAUCUAUACAUAAAGUAAAGUAAAUAAACGACAUAAGUAUUUAACGAAAAUAGCAUAAAAAAUGGCCAAUGACGAUAGUAAGAUUGACGUAAUAAAGAAAAAGAAAAAUGCCACUUUCAUAGCAAGCAGUUUAGACAACACCGCUUCAGCGGAGAAAAUUAUUGAAUAUCUGCAGGCGAAUAAUAAAAAGAAAUCCAAGGUGUACACAUUGUACAGUCAAACUGUGAGGCAGAGGAGAACUACUGCAGGGAAGUACCUGGUCAGUAAGCACUUCCAGCUGGCCGGCCACCCACUGAACAUGUUUAGUGAAGACUGGGACGGAGGGCUCAACUCCGGGUACUUUGAAACAUUCCCACACAAGAGUAUGCUACCAAAAAUGAUAUCAAAAUUAAAGAACAUGGAUAAGAAAGACCCAGUCACAGAGUACAUGAAGGUGAAAGCAAUUUGGCAAGACACCUUGACUGAUUAUAAAAGGAUUAUGAGUCUAAUGAGCAAGAGGCAUAAAUAUGAAUGGAUAAAUGAUGAACUACUGCACUGCCCCAAGCAGUUGGUGGAAAUAGCAGCUCAUUUUGAACAGAAUCCAGAUCCCUACUUUGAGAGUAGCUACAACUGGUACUACGCCGGCCAUGGGAACAUUCUCCAGAUAUGUAUUGGAGGAUUUGAUUAUUUGGUACACAGUGUAUUUAGUUGUGUGUAUAUAUCAUAUUUUUCGAAGUAUAGUUUGGCAUUAGAAAGUGACUGUGUGGCUAAGUUUGACUGUGGAGAAACCCUAACCAUACUUGAAACAGUAGAAUCUCAAAAUAUCCUUGCUUUGAGAACUAAACACAAAAUAUAUGUUCUAAAAAUCCUUGAGUCUGGUGUCAGUAUAGAGAUAGAGAAAAUAAAAGAAAUGGAAUCUAAACUACCUUUCACAGGCAUAUCAUUUGAUGAGUAUCACAAAAAUAUAUUGUAUGUUACAACAUUAGAUUUUAACCUGACUAUAGUAAACAUAGAUAGAAUGACUGGAAGGAGUAGACAACUUCGAGGGAAUGUGAAGAGUUUAGUAGAUAACUGGAGUAGAGUCAUUGGAUCUGAAAGAGGUUACUUUACACAUAUUUCUAAGAAUUCUAUUACCCUCUAUGAUAAAAGAAUGAACUCCGCCUUCCAACGAUGGCGGAAUCUCAGAAAUAUAACUGACGAUGUGGCGUGUAACGAUAUUAGCGCCGCGUGCCAUGCUACAGACAAACGCUUGUUGUACUUAGGCACUGAUCACCAUCUGUUCCUUAUGGACUUACGCUAUAAUAAAAAAGAAAGGAACAAAUUAAAAGCAGUACAGAGAUGGACACAUGGUAUGCAAUGUUUACCAACCUACAUGACAGUUUGCAAAUUUGAAUACGACAAAGAACUAGUUUGUAUGAGCAGUCAGUGGUGUGAGGAUAUGUGUGUCGUCAGUAACUAUGCCGACAGACUUACCCGGCACUCGGACAUAAGUAGUGUUACCAUUCCGUACCGACCUCCAAGUAUAUUGCAAACUUUACAUGAGGCGAAAGAAAAAAUGCUUUGCUGUGAUUUACAGAACCCUAUAGACAACAGAUUGUGCAGUUCGAUUACUGGUUUGUCUGUCCUGGAACAAGAUGAUAAGUAUCAAAUACUCAUGCAGAACUCUCUAGGAGAUGUCUCAUGUCACACUUUGUGCCCACAGUACAUGGCAGACUUCUUUGUUGACACCAGCACAGAUCUACUAAAUGAGUGGAGUCAGUCUUAUAAACGGGAGCCAAAGGAGCUAGAAGUGUCAGCAGUUGUAGAUAUUAGUAAUAUUUGGAAACAGUUAAAGAAUAUACCAGACGAUUAUGAAUUUGGCAACAAUCGGUUUGAGAAAAAGGUAUGCAAAUUCAAUGAACAAGAAAUAUAUGAUUCAUUUGCUAAGGAACAACUCGAGACUGGACUUCUGGAUGUAUGGACGAAGCAAAAUGAGACCACAAAGAAUGAAUCGAACUUCAGCUUGUUCUUCUGUGAGGAUGAUGAUGAUGAUGAUGAAAAAUAAAACAAUUACUUUAAUUAUAAACAACUAUAUUUCCUACCUA